AUGCCAGAUGUUAAGGCGGCGGCCGGGACUGAUGCGACUGUAUUCCUAUACUUUUUGCACAUGGUCCGGUGGUCGCUCACUAUUAUUGCAGCGCUCACUUGUGUGGUGUUGAUCCCUGUGGACUUGUCAUACAGCCUGUCCCAUGUCAAGACAAAUACGCAGCCAGAUGCACAGGGCAAUACAACCUCCCAACAAAAUGACCAGGACUAUCUCUUGUAUGUCACGAUGAACCAGGUCAGCGGGCCGCGCUUGUGGGCACACGUCACCCUCAGCUACCUAGCCACACUGAUCGCCUUGACCUUCAUCUUUUUGUACUACAGAAAGGUGAUUGCGCUGCGCCAAGAUUUUUUUACUUCGGUCCAGUACCAGCGCAGCUACUACUCUCGUGCCCUGAUGAUCACAGAUAUCCCUCCCCAAUACCAAAGUGACAGUGGUCUGCGCGAAGCGCUCACAAGCGCCCACAUCCCUUAUCCUCUCUCGGAAGUUCAGAUCGGCCGCUCUAUGAACAAUCUCCCUGAGCUUAUGCACGAGCAAAAAGAGACAGUCAUGAGGCUAGAGUCGUGCCUGAACAAGGUCCUGCGGCACAAACACGCAAAACGGCCGCUGGUUCGUGUGGGCGGGCACAUGGAGAAUCUCAUGGGCGGCGCCAAAGUGGAUGCAAUCGACUACUACACAGGUGAACUCACAAGCAUUCAGCGGGAUAUCAGCGAGGCACGUUCGGACAAGGUCGAGGGUGAGCCCAUGUCGUACGGGUUUGCUUCCUUUGCUGCCAUUGCCUACGCACACACGGUGGCCAAGGCACUAAGCAAAAAGCGGGCGCUAGGCAUGCGGAUCAAGCUUGCUUCAUCUCCACGCGACAUCCUUUGGCAGAACCUUGUCAUGUCGCGGGAGCAACGCCGGAAGAACAAAACACUGGGUCUUGUGUACUACGCCCUUCUAUUUUGUGUCAACCUUAUUCCCCUCGCUGUCGUUGCAUUGAUCGCAAACAUGAACGCGUUUCGCGAUAAUCUCACAUUCCUUCGCGACUGGCAAGCUAGGAGCCAGCUGUCGUUUGCUGCUGUAUCAGGUCUGCUCCCACCCGUUAUCUCUAUGCUCUUUGCAUUGGGCCUGCCCAUUAUUAUGCGGCAGAUUGCAAUGUACCGCGGCGUGCGUACGCGUGAGUCGCGCGAUGCAGCGCUCUGUGGCCAGUAUUUUGCCUUUCUUAUCCUGACACACUUUUUGAUCUUUUCAUUAAUCAGUGUGAUUUUGGACGUGGCAGUGAUUCUUAUCGUCAAGGUACGCAGACACGAGGCGGCAUCCCAAAUUCUAUCGGAGCUGUGGAAGCCACUGCUUGAACGUAUCGCAAAGCGGUUCCAGGGCUUGUCCGGGUACUGGAUGACGUGGAUUGUCCUGAAAGGGUAUAUGCAGCUCUUCGAGCUGGCACAGAUUUACCGCCUCGUUGUGGUCUGGAUUCACAAACACACCGCACUUCGUACGCCGCGUGAGCUUUUCGAGAUUGCACGGCCGCCUUUCUUCUUGUACUGGACGUACUAUGCCGAGCUGCUAUUCCUUGCCGCCAUCGGCACUGUCUAUGCACCGCUUGCACCGCUUGUCGUCGCAUUUGUUGCGGCUGUAUUUUGGAUGGCAUCGGUCGUAUACAAGUACCAGUUCCUCUAUGUGUACAGGACGAAAAGCGAAACCGGCGGUCGGUUGUGGAGUAUCGUCAUCAAUCGCCUGCUCGUGGUGAUUGGGUGCAUGCAAAUCAUUAUUGCGAUUGUUGUCGGGCUGUACCAAUCCUGGGUCGAGGCCGUGUCUUGUAUCCCGCCUGUGCUAUUCGUAAUCGCGUUCCGUGUUUAUUGCCACUUUAAGCUUGAGCCCAAGUUCAUGUGGUACACCCCGUCGGCGAUGGACUUGGCCAGGACUAAGGUGCAUGUGCACGACGCCGACCGGCAGAGGCUGAUGCGCCACAUGAUGAACAAUCUGUCAGACAUCUACGAAGGACCGGUUGAAAGCAGCUCGGUGCUAACUGAACUGGACAGCGAAGGUGUCACUUCGAAAGAAAAUGAUAUCAUGCUGGGUGACAUCAAACGUGAUUCUGUCAUCUCGUUGCCGUUCAACCCAUCCAGUGACGCGAAUCAUGAGAUGGUUAGUGACCCGUACCAGGCCAUGAUACACCGUCAAUAUGCAACGACACCUAAUGAUACUGACAAUGAAUUUGACUUCCAGCCACCGGCUCCCUUUGCCAAGCGCCCCUCCAGUAUGAUGAGUUAUGAUUCUGGCUUUUCCGCACUUGCAAAGAGCGACGAUGUCCCUCCCCUACGCCAAGGCACUUAUGAGUAUCCUAUGCCACAAUUCGUGCGCCAGGGAUCGGACAAUGGGCCACAGUUUGCGUCUGAUUUCUAUACCCAGCUCCCUUAUCCCGUCUCGGCCUACUGUGUCACCUCUGCCGCCCACGGCUAG